AUGGCUUCCAGUUCUUCCUCUAGUAUUAUGGCUUCUCCGGAUCAGAACGUGAACCUUUGGAAGGAAGCUCUGACGGAGGUUGCUGGUUUGGCCGGCGAGGUUCUGUCCAGUUUCACUCCUGAAGCAGAGUGCCAGAAGAAAAUUAUUGAAACCGUUUAUGAGAAACUGGAUUGUAAAAAAUAUUUCAUCUUCCAAACAAUCUACCAGGGAUGGCCUCUCGAUACAAGGAUAUCAGUUCCAUUAUAA